AUGCCGCUACCGUUGAAAGCCCGUGUUGCUGUGCGCGACCUCUGGGAGGCCGAGGACUCCGAUGCGCAAAAGGCCCUCUGCAGCGUCCAGGAGACGGUCGGCUGCUCGGUGCGAUGCACCCCCGACUUCGCCGUGCUCUGGGAGGAACUGCAGGCCGCGUACGAGGACACCGGCGAAUUCGUCGCUGCUGUCGCCGGCUUGGUGCGGAUCUGGUGCCAGGAGCUCAACAGCCUGCUGAACGACGACGCUGCGGACGAGGCGUGGGCAGACAAGUUUCUCGAGACUAUCGGCGAGUCUGGGCCCAAAAUCAUCAGUCUCCUUGUAACUAUUGGGAAGCCCGGUGUUGCGGGCACGACAUGGGACCUGUCGUCGUCGUCCUUCACCCUGGCGCUUCCGAGCACGCGCGUAGCCUUUGCCCCCAACCACUCCGCGGAGCUCCGCGAGGGCCUGUUUGGUGUCUUCGAGGCAAAAGAGCCGGUGCCGGUGCCGGACGAAUGGGCGGACCUCGGGGACCCCAAGGUCGCGAGCGGCGCCGAGCCCACGGUCGUGGUUCCGGUCGUCGCCAAGGGCGCCACCGCGUUCCUGCCGACACUGAACGACGUCCCGCGACCUGACGUCCUGCAGCUGCAGCCCCCGUAUCGCCUCAUGGUCCACGAUCGAGGCCACUGCAUCGAGGUGCACGGCAGCCACUCCCCAUCGCUGGAGCUGCUCGCAGGUUACCUCGAGAAGUGGUGCCAAGUUAUCCCCAGCCGCUCCAACCGUCCUCCCAUGGCGACUGUUCGCCUGAACAGGAGCGCAUUUGGGCUCGGUGUCGUCUACGAUGCUCUGACAGUUGCGCCGUACGAUAGUCGUGAGCCUACCUUGCUUCCCCCAGUUCUCAUACUAAACUUGGUUGAAAAUGUGCUGGGUUAUAAGCUUGUGAACGAGUACCCUCAAUCUUGGCGUUUUAUUCGAGAAGUAGCGCUGAAGAAAGCAGCUUAG